AUGAAGCCAGCACAGAUCAGAUUGUCUCUACACAGACCUCCACAGCACACACAUCCAACCAUGGCACCGACAAUCACUGCAGCAAUGACCAACUCUGAGGAGCAUCUGACUCUGACACACAAGCUGAGAAAGCCUCUGGUUGAGAAGCUCCGCAGAGAGCGAAUCAACAGCAGCAUCGAGCAGCUCAAGUCUCUCCUGGGUCCAGAGUUCCUCCAACAGCAGCCAGACUCCAAGAUGGAGAAAGCAGACAUCCUGGAGAUGACAGUGUGUUUUCUGAGACGACAGCAGCAGCAGCAGCAGCAGCAGCAUCACAUUGUGGACUCAGCAGCUCUUAAUCAGGGCUACACCACAUGUGCUCAAGAAGUGGUGAACUUCUUGUCCAAGGAGGAGGUGAAGACAAAGUUCCAGAGAAGACUGAAGAACCACUUCAACAAGUUGCAGUCUCCAUCUGAUAACAACAUGAGUGUGUCUGACUUCUGUUUCCACACCAGCAUCACCAAAGAGAAAAGUUCAGUCAGCAGCGCCCUCUGGAGGCCAUGGUAGACACCUACAGACUGCAGAAGGAACAGACAAACUCAAAUGACCACAUUGGUCAAAAACUAAUACCAGAAAUAUUCUGACAUUUAGCAUAAGUGCCUAUGUUAAUAAUUUGUAUAACUUCAUGGUCCUGUUGGACGGAAUUAUAUUUUCAAAGAAAAUGAAAGUUGUUUUUUUUUCAUUCAUGAAAAUGGUAUGAAAUCUUAUUCUGUGAAUAAGAAACAUCACAUUAUGAUUUAUUUCUAUGAGAUCAUUCUGUAAGAGAAUAUAUGUCAAAAUUUCGAGAUGCACACUAGAACUGGCCUGGAAUUGAUAUAUAUAUUUUAGGUCCUGUAUGUCUGUGUCAUUAUUAAUACAGUCUCAGGAUUUACUUAUUUGGUACUACUUUCUGUUGUUACAUUUUACUUUGUAAAACAUAUUGACCCAUGUUGGGUCUAUCAGCAUGUUUUCUUAUCAGUUGUUGGUUUACCCUGGUAAACCUAUACUACACAAUACUAUGUCUUUUAUAAAGAUUUUAAUGUUUUCCCUUUUGCUCUGUUUGAGUACAUUACCUUAGAGUUAAGGUGUUGAUGUGAUGUAUCAUCAUAACUGUUGUGCCUGUGGGCAUACAUAAA